AUGCACAACCGAAAUACGAGCAACACCGAGACGAGCCUGACCAACAUGAGCUUAAUCAACACGGGUACCACCAACACGGACAUCACCAACAUGCACGCAAUCGACACACGCACCGCCAACAUGAGCGCAACCACUGUGUGCGCUGCAGCAAAAUCAGAUGAGCUUGCGCAACGCAUUCGAGACCUGCCACCGGAGCUCUACAACAGUAUCCUCGACUACACAACUUUGUCCUUCGAGGACGAAGUCAACAUGAAGAAACAGACUUACAAGUUGCCGAUCGGACUGCAGAUCAAUCGCGCUAUUCGGGCCGCUGCUGCCUAUGCGUACUACAAGAACACUACAUUCUUCAUGUCUGAUCCCUGUCGCGCUUAG